GAACAUCGUCCUCUAUUUCUAACAUCUUGUGAUUAUGACUGCUAAUUCCUGUAUAUCUGUUUUUUCUGCCUCAGUGGGUUUCCCCUUCCCCUUUACUGCCAGACACUGUUUCUGUAGAAGAAGAUAUGAUCAACCGCAAAUGAAAAUAAGGAAGGAUUCAUCGAAAAGGCGUUAGGUGUAGAGUUUUUAAGUAACGGCUUGACCAAUUCAGGAACCAGAACUCUUUGAGAUCAGUGGACUGUGAAGAAGCAGCAGUUAACCUGAAACAAGCAGCUGGAGUCAGAAAGCAGCAUGAUGAAGAUCUUUGUCCUGCUCCUCGUCGCAAUGAUGACAGGCUGUGAAGCUACAUCUGAAGAUUCAUCUGAAGAUUCAUCUGAAGACAUCGACAUGAUGGGAUGCAGUGGUGGAUGGGUGGACUUCACCUGCAGAUAUCCAGAUGUUAAUACAAGUUAUGAGGCUGUUUAUGUCAAGUGUGGUGAUGAAACAGUCAUAGAAAGUAAUCUCACAGCUAGUUGGAAAAGUCAAAACAGAUUUCACCUUUACCAUGACAGGACAAAUAAAAAUCUCAGGGUGAUCAUCAGACAACUUCAGUCUAACGACUUUAAGAAGUGGAAGUGUGGAUUUGAUCAACACGAUUCUGAUCAGGAGGUGGACUUGAAACGUGAGGAUUCUUACGAGACUCCAUUUAAUCAGAUUGCAUAUAAAACGGCUAAAACCACCAUCACGUGUGAAUAUCCAAACAAGUCAAAUGUCAAGUUUUUCUGCAAAGACAACGGCUUCAUCUGUGAGGACAUUCUUUCAGAACCUCCUCUGAGGUCAAACGGGACGUUCAGUCUCAAUAUAACAGGAACAGGUUUAAUCGUGUCCAUCAGUAACGUGUCCACGCAGCAUCUGGGCGACUACUGGUGUGGACUGAAAUCUAAAGAUGGAAUUUCCAGAGCCGGACUGAAGAAGAUUCAUCUAAAUGUUGAAGAUAUUACUACCUCUGAAUUGUCUCUAGCUGUUGGACAGACUUCUACAUUCAGGUGUGACUAUCCAGAAAGUUCUAGCAUAUUUAGAUUUUUCUGUAAAGGAGAGGAUCCCUCUUCAUGUCAGACUCUAAUAAGCAAACAGGGGUCACGCAGAAGCACUGGGAGGUUUUCCUUGAAGGAAGAUCAUCGGAAAAAACAGAUCAACAUCACAGUGACAGGAGUCACAGCAGAGGACACUGGGACGUACUGGUGUGGUACAAAAAACAGCGGCUCAAAAACAGACAAGUUCUACCACAGAUUUCUGGUGACUGUAGUGCCUAAAUCUCAAGAGGAGGAAGUCUGGCUGUUACCUGUGAUCAGUGCUGUGGUCGUCUGUCUAGUCGUGGUGCUUAUCAUCAUUCUGGUUCUGGUCUACAAACGAUGUAAGCGUUCAGAAACCUGGAGAGAUGGAGGAGCACUCGAGGAACAAGCCUACGCAGAGAUCCAGGAGCGACCUCCUCUUCCAACCAUCUACGCCACCGCAAACUUCCCCAGCAUCUCAUCUGCCCCACCGGGUUACUCCGUCGUCACCUUCAAAAACAGCUCUGACGUGAAAGGAGACGCAUAUUCUACUGUGCGACACCCUGACCCAAGUCCCGUCUACUCAACUGUCAAUCACACGUGUCCACAUUGUCUGUAGACCCUGUUUAUUCCACUGUCAGCUACGGACAGCAGCACUAUGGGCAGGUCAGGCGGCUCUGAGACUUUAAGGUGUCUGCACUGAUUUAGACUGAUGGGGAAAUGUAUGAAAGCAGUGCACGACUGAUGCGGCAGAAACUGCGUCGCAAAGAAACAUCGUCUCUGUGCUGAGGAGCUGUUUGUGGUCAUUUCAACCCAACAUUAUGCAGACAUCAUGAAGCGUCGUCAUGGAGCAUCAUCGGACACUUUCCAUUCAAAUGAGCCUCAAAGUAAAACAUUCAUUCAGGACUCAUUUAUAUUGUUUUUAUGUAUUUUACAUUUUGAUAUUACCUUGAGUAAAAGCAGAUUUCAAGCAGCGCAGCUUUUUUGAAAUAGACCAAACGGUCGUUACAGAGUGAGGUAGAGGUUUACUUUCAUAACCUAGCAACAGAAGCGCUCUGAAACUGACAUUGUGGGCACUGCCGGUACAAGCAGCAACCUCCGAUGUUAAAAAGUGAAGCCAAUUCUGAAGUUCAAAAUCCUGCAGUUCCUGGAGUGUCCAC